AUGCUGUGCGUGCUGUGCAGUCGGAAGUGGUUCGUAGACUGGUAGAGCGGCAGGCUGGCAGCUGGUGCCGGCCAUCGACGCCCCUGCCCAGCCAAAAUCGAAUCUCGCGAGGCCCAAGCCUGCCCAGUGCCCAAGCGGGCCCAAGCGGCAGCGCUGAGCCCAUCGCACCCCAGCGCUCAGCGCUCACUCGAGUGGGUGCUCGCCUACGCCACACUCACCCGUUGUCGAUCCUUGUUUACCGCAAGCAGUAAGUACCCCUAAGUACCCCUCUACCUCGCGUUUCCAGAUCAAGUCCAUUUAAGACUCCGGAUCCCAGCCAACGCUCGGCACCUACCGUACGACCCGCGGUGGAGCCGAUCGAGCUCGAUCGCACGACUUUGAGCUGCGACCGCUCGUGUGCGUCAUCCCCGAGGGACCAGCGAAGAUGGGCACAAUGCAAGCGCAGAGCACACGGUCCCAGGAUGUCAGCCUAGCUCAUUAUAGAUCAUCUCGUGCGGCGAAAACACCGUAGCCAACCUCUUUCGCCCAGGCUGCUCCACGGCUCGUUCGCACUGUGGGCCCCUCGAGCGUUGCCAACUGACUUACCCACACGUCCACCACUUCCCUCGUAUUCCUACGCAUUUCUGAAGUGUCUUUCAACCCCAACGCCGGCUCCUUCAACCCCAACGCCAACACAUGGCAGCCUUCAAGCAACGCGCCCCCUUUCCGUCCCGGUCAGGCCGGCGGCUACCAACCUCAGAACCCCUAUGGGGCUCCCCAGGGUCAGUUUUACCCUCAGCAGGGGCAGUACGGGCAGUACGGUACGUCAAUCAAGCUUGGAUACACGCGUUGAACCGUCGCUGAAACUGUGUCUUUGCUCCGCGACAGGUCAACCGCCAGCUGGGUACCCUUACGGCGGGGGAUAUCAGGGUGGCAAUGUCCCCCAGGGCUAUGGCGCCCAUGAUCCUUUUGCGCAACAAAACAACAACCAGCAUGGUACUUAUGGUGGCAAUCACUACCAACAGCAAGCUCCGCAUGCGCCCCGCGACAAUACCCAGGCUUACGUACCGCCGGCCCGAGCUCAGCCUGCCCCUGCUCCGAGCGUCCCUUUCACCCGAGCCGAGGUCGAUUCCAACGCCCCUGCUCCCGUCAAGGCACCUACAAUGUCGCUCAAGAUCGGCGGCGGCUCUGCGGCCAACUCCAAGCCGGCGACCGUUUCGCUCAACAUCGGCGGCUCCAAGUCGAACGCCGCCUCUUCGUCGUCGAAGAACGCGCCGCCUGGCUCAAGCAAAGCCGCCACCCCCAACUCGUCCAAGCCUGCGACGCCCGCACCCGAGAAGGUAGCCGAGAAAGCCAAGGCCGCCACUGCUGCUGCUGCUACUACUCCCUCCAAGAAGGAUUCACUUGCUGCUGACAAGCCCGCUGCCGCCGCGUCGAGCAAGAAGGACGCCCCAGAGGACGGUGCCUCCGCGGCAAAGGAGGAUGCUAAGACUGCUGAUGCGCUUCUUCACGAGGUGAGGGCCGUGGCCGACGAGGAGACUUUGGCGGACUUGUAUGGGAACGAUGAAGAGGGUGAGUAAAUCGAAAUGGUGUCAAGAGCUUCCUCGGAGCCUGCGUGUGCUGACCGCAUCGACCUAUAUUUCUCCAGCUAUGAAAAACAUCAAGCCACACAUCAACAUCGUCUUCAUCGGACACGUCGAUGCUGGAAAGUCGACGAUGGGUGGCAACAUCCUUUACCUUUGCGGCAUGGUCGACAAGCGUACGCUGGAAAAGUACGAGAAGGAGGCCAAGGAAGCCGGCCGAGAGUCGUGGUACCUUUCGUGGGCACUCGACUCGACCUCGCAGGAACGAGAGAAGGGCAAGACGGUCGAAGUCGGCCGAGCCUACUUUGAGACCGAUGCUCGUCGUUACACGAUCCUCGAUGCCCCUGGUCACAAGACAUUCGUCCCCUCCAUGAUCUCCGGUGCCGCCCAGGCCGAUGUUGCCGUUCUCGUCAUCUCGGCCCGCAAGGGUGAAUUCGAGACAGGGUUCGAGAAGGGUGGUCAAACGCGCGAGCACGCGAUGUUGGUCAAGACGGCGGGAGUGCAGAAGCUUAUCGUCGUCGUCAACAAGAUGGACGACCCUACUGUCAACUGGGACAAGGCCCGCUUCGAUGAGAUCCAGGGCAAGCUCACGCCUUUCCUCAAGGGUACCGGCUACAACGUCAAGACCGACGUUCAGUUCAUCCCCAUCUCUGGCUUUACGGGUGCAAACCUCAAGGAAGAUGUCGAUCGCAAGGUUGCCCCUUGGGUCGAAGGUGUUUCGUUGCUCAACUUCCUCGACAAUAUGGCGCUCGUCGACCGCAAGACGAACGCGCCGCUGUUGAUGCCCAUUUCUGAAAAGUAUGCCGAUAUGGGGACAGUUGUCGUCGGCAAGGUCGAGAGCGGUAAGCUUCGCAAGGGUCAGAACCUGCUGUUGAUGCCCAACAAGGUCAGUCUCAUUUGUGCUUGCUUCGGUGUUUCUUCGAUGGCGUUGUGCUCACCCUUCGCCAUCUUCUCCAGACCCCCGUAACGGUCACCGGUAUUAACAACGAGAUGGAGGAGGAAGUGCCGCUCGCAUUGUGCGGUGACAAUGUUCGCGUGCGGCUGAGGGGUGUCGAGGAUGAGGAUGUCUCUGUCGGCUUCGUGCUCAGCUCGGUCGAGCAACCGGUGCACACCGUCACGCACUUCGAGGCGCAACUCGUUAUCGUCGACCACAAGAACAUCAUCUGCGCUGGCUACGGCGCCGUGAUGCACGUCCACACCUUGUCGGAAGAGGUCGCAUUGUCCAAGUUGUUGCACUACUACGACAAGAAGUCGGGGAAGAAGUCGAGGCGGCCACCUCAAUUCGCUAAGAAGGGGCAAAAGAUCAUUGCGUUGAUCGAGACGGCGGCACCGGUUUCGGUGGAGCGGUUCGCCGAUCACCCUCAACUCGGUCGCUUCACAUUGCGUGAUGAAGGCAAGACGAUCGCGAUUGGUAAAAUCACAAAGGUUAGUUCAAUGCAUUGGGAUAUCGAUGUAGAUGAGUGAGCUGACUUGAUCUCUCCCUUCGGAUCGCAACAGCUCAUCAAGCACCAAGAGGACCUGCCCGACGUCGCCAAGCUCGACAUCGCUGCGGCUUAA